AACUUUCGCACCACGCGUAGCUCGUGGAAGACGGAACCGGCAAAGAGAGGCAACGUCACAUAGCAGACGAACGAAACAAAAAUCGCGGCGGCCGUAACGCAGAAAGACCCCGAGUGGUGCGGCGGAGCCAGAGGCAGCGAUUACAACAGGAAAGAUGGCGGACGACCCGAGCGCGGCGGACAGGAACGUGGAGAUAUGGAAAAUCAAGAAGCUGAUCAAAAGUUUGGAAGCAGCAAGAGGGAAUGGCACCAGUAUGAUUUCCCUCAUCAUCCCUCCCAAGGACCAGAUCUCCAGAGUGUCCAAGAUGUUGGCCGAUGAGUUCGGUACGGCCUCCAACAUCAAGAGCAGAGUCAACAGGCUGUCUGUGCUCGGCGCCAUCACCUCAGUACAGCAGAGACUCAAACUUUACAACAAAGUUCCCCCUAAUGGCCUAGUGGUGUACUGUGGCACCAUCGUCACUGAGGAGGGCAAGGAGAAGAAAGUCAACAUUGACUUUGAGCCUUUUAAACCCAUCAACACCUCUCUCUAUCUCUGCGACAACAAGUUCCACACUGAGGCGCUGACGGCCCUGCUGUCCGACGACAGCAAGUUUGGUUUUAUUGUGAUUGAUGGGAGUGGAGCUUUGUUUGGGACUCUGCAAGGGAACACCAGAGAAGUUCUACACAAAUUCACCGUGGAUCUCCCCAAGAAGCAUGGCAGAGGAGGACAGUCUGCUUUGCGUUUUGCCCGUCUGAGGAUGGAGAAGAGGCACAACUAUGUGAGGAAGGUGGCCGAGACGGCGGUCCAGCUCUUUGUGUCCAACGACAAGGUCAACGUGGCCGGCAUGGUCUUGGCUGGUUCUGCUGAUUUCAAAACUGAACUGAGUCAGUCAGAUAUGUUCGACCCGAGGUUACAAGCAAAAGUGUUGAAGCUGGUAGACAUCUCGUACGGAGGGGAGAAUGGAUUCAACCAAGCAAUUGAGCUCUCUGCAGAAGUGCUGUCAAACGUCAAGUUUAUCCAGGAGAAGAAACUCAUAGGGCGGUAUUUUGAUGAGAUCAGCCAGGACACGGGGAAGUACUGCUUCGGCGUGGAAGACACCCUCAAAGCCCUGGAGAUGGGAGCUGUGGAGAUCCUCAUUGUUUAUGAGAACCUGGACACUAUGAGAUACAUCCUGAGACUCCAUGGAGCAGAGUCCAUCGACGCAGAGAAUGAUGAGAAGACCAUUUAUUUGACGCCAGAACAGGAGAAAGACAAGUCCCAUUUCACAGACAAAGAGACAGGACAGGAGCACGAGCUGAUCGAGUGCAUGCCUCUGCUGGAAUGGUUCGCCAAUAGCUACAAGAAGUUCGGCGCCACACUGGAGAUUGUCACAGACAAGAGCCAGGAGGGAUCGCAGUUUGUCAAAGGCUUCGGUGGCAUUGGGGGAAUCUUGAGGUACAGGGUGGAUUUCCAGGGCAUGGACUACCAGGGAGAGGACGAUGAAUUUUUCGAUUUGGAUGACUACUAGGUAGUCGGGGACUGAUAUGGGGAGAUGAGAGAAUGGAUGAAGAAAUUGAAGAAGGACAGAAUGAAAAAGAAUCUCUCAAAACAGCGAGAGAACAUGGACCCCUUAUCAACUGCAAACACUUACACACAGUUACAUAUACAAAUACAUAUGCUGAAGAGGAGUUACAGCCUGUCAAUCACAGAGGAGAGAGAACCCUUCAUGAGUAACAACAAAAUAACGCCCCAGCCUUAGAAUACUCUGAUUGGAUUGAACUCGCCUUUUUAAGUUCAAUGUAUCUACUUUUUUCCCUUUUCUUUUCUUUUUUUUUUUUUUUUUUUUUUUUAAUAAAGCAACAGCACGUGCCCAAGAUACUCAUGGCCCCAUCUGAAGACAACUUUGGACUCGCUCCUCUUAUACAGAAAUAUAUAUAUAUAUUAUAUAUUUUUCUUUAUGUCCCUUCUCCCCUGACUUCCCUGAUUCUUCUGUUCCCCAUGGGUCUGUUUUUUGCAUUUCUUAUUUCUUUUCUCUCCUCCUUUUUUUUUUUUUACAGGCAAUUGAUGCUGCUGUAUUUUAUGAUGGUUUAGAUUUUUUUUUACCUGGGUUUCUGUAGCGAAUGGGGGACAAAGAAGUAUUAAAUUUGAACUGCUUAAAAAAAAAAAAAAAAACAACAACAACAAUGGUCCUUCAUCCACACUCACUUUUUCAACUGUGUCUUUUUUUCUCUUCUGGAUGGCUUGCCAGAAAUGCUGCAUGGCCAAUGAGAUGGAAGAGCAAGAUUUUCUCUGUCCAGCAAGCAGUCUGUUGACAAUCCAGAGAGCACAUUCAGUGAGAAGCCAUCAUGUGAAUAUUCAUAUGUAGCCAGUGAUGCAUCGCAGAAAAAUAAGGGGAAUUAAUGAUGUUUCAAUGAAAUGCAUUUUAGUGUGCGAUUCCCUGAACAAGACCCUUUGACUUUUUGCUGUUUUCAUCUUGAAAGUGCAAGGGAUCUAUAAAAAUGAUUCAGAUA